CACACAGCACAUUAGCAAAAUAAGCAUGGUUGAAAACGAGCUUAGGAUCCCACAUCUGCUGGUGGAAAAUAUCGGCCCCGUGCGUCGUAUCACGCUGAACAACUCACGCAAACGCAAUGCCUUCAACCUGCAAACCUAUCGGGAAUUGGCGGCAUGUCUGAGCGCCUCGGAUCGGGAUGAUUCCGUUCGGAUGGUGGUGCUAACCGGUGCCGGUAGCUGCUACAGCGUAGGCAACGAUAUCGAAGACAUUCUGGGCAGUGGUCAAACGUUGCAAUCGAUGGGACGCGAUCAGGCGGCCAUGGUGAGAUCGUUCUACAGGUUCAGCAAGUUGCUGAUUUGUGUGAUCAAUGGACCGGCGGUGGGAAUUGCUGCAGCAACGGCACUGUUGUGCGAUGUGGUUUACAUGGAGGAAUCGGCCUACCUGGAAACUCCAUUCACUCUAGCCGGAUUGGGAUCCGAGGGUUGCGCAUCGUACACAUUUCCCAAACUGAUGGGACACACAAAGGCAUCGGAAAUGCUCCUACUGAACCGUCGCAUGUCAGCGCAAGAAGCCUUACAGCUAGGUGUCGCCUGUCGAUUGUACGCAGCAGAUGAGUUCGAGGUCAAAUUGUGGCCGGAAAUUCUGCAACUAGGUGCCCUAUCGACCAUUCCCAUUAAAAUCAUCAAAGAACAAAUGAACCGGUCCGAACUUGAUCACCUCGAACGAGCUAAUACAAGAGAGGUGGACACGCUGAUACAAAUGCUGCAGUCCAAGGAGUGCCUCGAAACGCUAAAGAAGUUUGUCGUGACAAAGAGUAAAAUGUGAAAACCAAAUAUGAUUGAAAUAAAGCUUUAUUUGAC